AUGACUAAGUCCCAUGCCAUUAAAGCUCUGUUACAACAGCCGAUCCUCUCCGGCAGGAUAUCCCAAUGGUUGCUACAGUUAUCACAAUACGACUUUAGAAUGGGGACUCUUAGGGCAGUGAAAAGUCAAGCUAUAGCAGAUUUAUUGGCGCAGUUUCCAGGAGAUGAAGAAUUCCCACUAGAUGAUGAAGUUCCAGGGGAAGUAGCUAUGGCAAAAGAAGUCAGGGAACAAUGGGUAAUGAAAUUCAAUGAGUCUUCUACUACCCAUUCCGGAGGGGUGGGAGUAGUUCUGUAUCAUGAAAAAGACAAGGCAGUGGCGCUGUCAUUUAAGUUGGAAUUCCCCUGUUCAAACAACAUGGCGGAGUACGAGGCCUAUCUAACUGGGCUUGCCACGGCGCUCGAAAUGGGAGUCAAACAUUUGAAAGUACUGGGAGAUUCGAACUUGGUUGUCUGCCAAGCCAAAGAAAGCUUUUCCUUAAAGGAGCCCAGCCUAGCCCCGUACAGAGCAAUGGCCCAGAGAAUGGAAGAAAAAUUCUCAACCUUUGAAAUAGAACAUGCUCCAAGAAACGAAAAUCGUUUUACGGACGCGUUAGCUGCACUGAGUUCACAAAUAAUCUUCAAAGGGAAUAGCACUAAUAUAAAAGUCAGCAAGAGGGAAGAAUCCAUCAUUGAGGUAUUGAAGGAAAAGUUCCAGGAGGAACAAGGCGAAGGGGAUUGGCGAAUCCCCAUAAAAGAAACCUUGGUGAAAGGAGACGAUGUAGCAGAAUUGAAGAUAUUAAAAGACUAUGCCUUGGUAAAAGAAGAGUUGUACCGUAGGAUGCUAGGUGGAGUCUUAUCCAGAUGUGUGGGGCAGGAAGAAGUCCAGAGAAAAUUGAAAGAAAUACACGACAAGACUUGCGAGUCUUGCGGAGAAGUCAGUCUUUACCGCAGACUUCAGAGAGCAGGCUUCUAUUGGCCAAGCAUGGGUAAAGACGCAGAUCAAGUCCAAACCCAGUGUGGGACCUGCCAGCUUGCGGCAGACAGGGAGAAAAGUUACGUUGUGUUUAUCAACGAGGAUUGGAGAAGCCCUUUCAUGCAGUACCUAACAGAAGGCAUCCUGCCGUAA